UCCCAGGUCAUUGAUUCAUUGGCUUCUUCACUCUCUUCUCAACUAAACAAUCAAUCCCACUUCGAAAUUUUCAGAAUCCACGAACCAAACCAACAAGAACCCGAACCAGUUUUCUUGUUCGGUUCGGAAGGAAAUGACGGAGGUUCCGGCACCGGAGGCGCAAUUGACCGGCGGAGUAACGGUGGCGCCCAACAAACCCUCCGAACCCACUGCCACUGGAUCGAAGCGCCACCGGAGACCCAGCGUCCGAUUAGGCGAGAUCGGAGACCAACCCAACGAUUCCCACCCUCUCCGCCGCACCACCACCACCACCACCACCAAGUCGUCGUGGCGCCUCCCCUUCUCCAACGCCUCAGGUAAACAUUCCAAGACUCGACCUCUCACCAACUUGACCGGUUUCGGCGGAACCCUAGAGGGCGACGACGACGACGUCGUUCGCUGGAAACUGAAGGACUCCAAGAAGAGGGGUUCUUCCUCCUCCGCCGCCGCCAAGAGACCCCGAUCGAAUUGGGUUGCUUCUUCCCAAAUCGAGGGAGAGGAUUUCGAUGCAGAGAGCCCUGUUCUUCAUUCAGCGGAGAAUUUGGGUGAUGACGACGACGACGAUGAUGAUUAUAGAGCGACGCUGCAGCAUUAUCAUGAGGAGAAUGCUAGGGAUAAUAAGAAUGGGAAUGGUGGAGGAGUGAGGCAUGGAGAAGAUUGGAUUCGGAUUUGGCUCAAUGGGCUAGGCUUAGGUAGAUAUGCUCCAGUUUUUGAAAUCCAUGAGAUUGAUGAUGAGGUUUUGCACUUGCUAACUCUUGAGGAUCUUAAAGAUAUGGGGAUUAAUGCUGUUGGAUCAAGAAGGAAAUUGUACUGUGCAAUUCAGAAGCUUGGCAAGGGUUUCUCCUAACCCUUUUGUUUCUUUGUUCUUUUUGUUUGUAGCAUAGGAAAUUGACAAUUGUAUGUGAAGAUCAAUGUUGUUAAUUGCUGGUGGCGGGUCAUGGCGGAAAGCCGAAAUCACGCCUUACAUGACAAAUAUGGUGGAAAUCGCUGGCAUAUGGUAGGAUAUUGGUUAUAGCGGAAAGCCAAAAAAUGUAACAUUGAGAAACUGCCAUGACGGAUAUUUGAUAACAUGGUUGCAGAUUAAGAUGCUUGUGUCAACUCUUACUUGUAGAGUAUCUUCUCAAUAUAACUUGUAGGUCUUUCCUUGUCCUUAUUUCAAAACAUUCCUUCUGCUUGUUUUAAAUUGAGUUUCCUUGUGUUUGGAUUGCUGGUAACAUACAAUGCAAAGUACACUAACUCCAGAAGCUGUACUUUAUGGAUUCUCUUCAGAAGUGAUUAUGAGGUUCCCACUGCACAAUCAAACAUGGUGUCAAAUUUAGGUGUGUCAUUUUUGAAUAGGAAAGACUAAUCAUAGAAGGGGUACAAUACAUCUUACAAGGAACUGGGAAGUUUUUGCUUAUGUAACAAAAAGGACAUGCUGUUUGAUUUCUCCAUCCUUUCCACAUUGGGUAAUGAAAGAUGAAUGUUUUACCUUUA